AUGACUAGUCGUCGAAUAAAACUUCUCAUACCUAGAGAUCGUGCUGAAUUAAUCCCCUUGCUUUUCACAAUAUUUCUUAUUUGUUUGUAUGUUACAUUUGAAUUAUGUGUUAUAUUACCAACAAUUUAUCACAAUAUAUUUACUUAUAAAGAAAUUUUUCAUCUUAUAUUUGGUUUUUAUGUUAUUUUCAAUUUAAUUGGAAAUCUAUACAUAUGUAUGAUUACUGAUACAUCUAUUAAUACGAUAAUCUGUCCCGUUUUACUACCAUCAACAAUAGUUAAUUCUAUAUCAACAAGAAAAACUCAACAAGAUAUUAUUUAUUAUCACUGCAAUUGGCAUUAUUGUCAUAGUUGUGAAGUAAAUGUUCCACCACGAUCUCAACAUUGUCAUAUAUGUAAAAUCUGUAUUUUAAAACGUGAUCAUCAUUGUGUUUUUCUUGGGCGAUGCAUUGGCUUUAGAAAUAUUCGUUAUUAUAUGUGUUUUCUCGUGUGGACUUGGAUUGGCUUAGUCUAUUGCAAUAUUCUUCAUAUGGAUUAUACCUAUGAACUUGUUGGAACUUUUUCAUGGCGUGUUAUGAUUUCGUGUCUUUGUCCACUUAUUGCAUGGUUAUUUAAUUUUGUCGAUCAUUUCUCACUUUUACUUUCCUGUAUUUGCUCAACAUCGAUUAUUCUUAGUCUUUAUGUGUUAUUUUUAAUAAUUCAACAAAGUUUUCUUAUAAGCAAUAGUCAAACAUGGUAUGAAUAUGAUAAAGAUAUUCAUAUGUAUAAUACAGGAAAAAGUCUUCGAUUCAAUUUACAACUUGUUUUUGGUAAACGAUGGUACUUAGCAUUAUUAAAUCCACUCAUGUCAUCGCAACCAUUAGGUGAUGGUAUGUCGUUUGAUAUGCAUAGAAGUGAAACACGUGAUGCGCAAAAUACUGGUACAAAAUACAUUUGA